CAAGUUGAGAAAUUCUCUAUUGAGUGUCUGUGCUGCCCUAGUGUGCGUGUCGGUGGGCCGCUAUAGUCGCAAUAGUUUUACAAAUUUAGUGAGCAAGCGCCAAACCGAGUGAAAGUGACCCUAAAACAAGAGCCAAAGAUACUCAAAAGAAGUGCAUAAACCCCUUGAGAUAAACACAAUCAAUUAGCAAACAUGUCGGACAAUGAGGAGGUUGUUGCUGCCGCCGAGGAGCAGACCAAGACAAGCCCCGAUCCGGUGCCAGCCGCCGAUGACGAUGGCAGCAAGACCAGCGUCGUCACCGAACGCACCGAGGAGGUGAUUCCCGGCGAGACCGAGAAAAUGGUCACCGAAGCCAUUGACGAGGAUGGCGAUGUCGUUGAGGAGACAACCGAAGUGACCCGCAAGACCGUCAAGCGUACCAUGAAAAUAACCGAGACUUCGUCCACCACAAAGACAACAACGCUCACUACGCCGGCCAAGCUGUACGGCAAGGACUUGAGCGAAUACGAUGAUGUGGAUGUGGAGAGUCUGUUGGCGCAACUGUCGCCCGAGGAGAUAACCAUACUGGCCAAAGAGGUUGAUCCCGAUGACAACUUCCUGCCACCAGAUCAGCGCUGCAGCUACGAGUGUACCAAGGAUGCUACCGGGCCGCUGAAUCGCAAACAGCUCAUCGAGCAUAUUAACAAGCAGGCAAUCGAGACGCCCGAUCAGCCGGAGUUUGAGCCGUAUGUGCAGGGCAAGGUGCGCGGCAAGAAGUGGGUGCCACCACCAAGGGAUGCGCGUGACAUUGAGGCGGAGGAACAGAUCGCCAUUGACAUGGGCGAGGAGUACGAGCAUGCUCUCAGUGAUGCCACCCAGGAGGAAAUUAUCGACCUGGCUGCCAUUCUUGGCUUCCACUCGAUGAUGAACCAGGAUCAGUACCACGCCUCACUGCUGAACAAGGGCCAGCCGGUUGGCUUGGGCUGGGAUGGCAUCACAAAGUCCACACAGCAGAAGUUGUUCCCCAUGGAUCCGCCCAACAGCACAGAUGUGGAUGAGUCAAUCAAGCGCGUCAAGGAUGACGACAACAAGCUAGUUGACCUGAACUUGAAUAACAUUAAGAAUAUAUCGGAUGAGAAGUUCGAACAGCUCUUUGCAGCACUGCCUCAGAAUGAACAUUUGGAAGUUCUAUCGCUGACAAACGUCGGACUGACCGAUAAGACAGCUCUCCUGCUCGCCGAAGCGAUCGAGAAAAGCAAAACCCUGAGAGUAUUAAAUGUGGAAACCAACUUUAUCAGUCCGCCCGUAAUUGUCAGACUAGUGCAAGCUCUGCUCAAAUGCCACACCAUCGAAGAGUUCAGGGCCUCCAAUCAGCGAUCUGCGGUGCUUGGCAACAAGAUUGAAAUGGAGAUCACCAACUUGGUGGAGAAGAACCCAUCGCUACUGCGACUCGGCUUGCACCUGGAGUUCAACGAUGCGCGUCAUCGCGUGGCCGCCCAUCUGCAGCGCAACAUCGACAGAAGUGAAUUGCAGCAAGGUACGUUAGCUUUCCACGCCGAUGCUUCGUCACCGUCAUCCCCAUCCACUUCAGCAUCAGCAUUUCCAUCUACAUCCGCAUCAACCAUAUCGCACUCAAAGGCAAAGAGUUUGGCUGCUUUCGAGCAGUUCGUGAAGGCUCGCACCUGGACUAAUGCAUCAGAUUCUGCUCAUGUCUUGCCAGCAGGGCGCAUUACGCGCAACUUGCAGCUGACUUCCAUGGCAGGCACAUCAACCACAACUGGAAUCGCAGCCGAGGCCUCCACAUCCCGUGCUGCCCUGAGCCGCUUGCGCGCGGCGAAUGAGAAGGAGAUCUAAGCUUGGAUGUCCUCUCUCUCAGUACCCAAACGGCGUUGGUAACCAAAAAGUAGUUGAUAUGCUCUCUCUCCCACUCUCUCUGUUUCUAUCGUGUGAUAACCAGGUAAAAUGUUAUCGUUUCGAGAACCCACCCGACGUCUUUGGCAUCUCUUUAUAGUCCAGUCGUUAAGCCUAAUACUUCAGCACAUCUCUCACCACUCAGCGUUCGUGGCGUUCAUGUUCUCGUUAUCGUUUUCGUUCUCGUUCUCGUUUUCACCUCUCGUUUCGUUGCGUUGCGUCACCAAGUGUCAAAAAUCUAGUUACAUAUGCCUAAGUCGAGCUUAUUUAAGAACACAUUGACUCGCUCACUCGAUCGCUCACUCGAUCAGAACUUACACAUUGUCAUCAGUAGAUCUAAAUUAAUGUAAUUACUAUAUAUAGUGUAUCAAGUGUUGCUAAGUCAGUUUUACAUACUAAGUCAGCUGUACGGGAAUAUCAUUCUUCACGUAAACAUUUUGCUAUUUCCACUGCCCCAUCACACACAUAUACAUAUACAUACAUAUAUGUCUGUGUGUAUAGUUCCCCGUUUCAAUAACUCCUCUGUAUUGUGUCUUCCUCGUUAGCGACAGUGAGAAAUCUUUAUGUCUUGUAUAUACCAUAGAAUGUGUGACAACUUGUCUACAGUACGAUUCGAUAUAAAGCAUUAUUAAUCAAUUAUUUGUUAUAUAUUAUAUUUAAAUCCCGAAACUAUCAAACUGUAUCCCACAACUCAACUUGUCCUCUGUGUAUAUUAAACUACCGCUACCAAUCAACCAACCAACC